UGUUAGCUUCAGCGGUGGAUGGAAACAUGCAGUAGCCCUGCACACAACUGGAUGUUUUAAAGUAAUGGAUUGAUUUCCACGUUUGUUCAAGAUGGCGAAAGAAAGAAGGUGCAUCCUGUGCGAAACCGUCCACAACUCCAAGCAGGAGAUGGAUGAGCACAUGAGGAGUAUGCUGCACCACCGAGAGCUGGAGAAGCUCAAAGGCCGGGACUGCGGGCAUGAGUGCAGAGUGUGCAAGGUGACGGUGGUGAGCCUGACCGACUACGCCAGCCACAUUUCCAGUCCCACGCACAAGCAGAACGUGGAGGUCGCGGAACAAAAGCAUGCUGGGAAUGACCGGGACGAGGACUACUUCGACCAGGCUUUUGUGGACCUGAUCGAGAAGAGAAAAGAGCAGAUCAGAAAAGAGAAAGAGGCCGCUGCUGCGAAGCUGGCAAAAGAAGAAGAGGAACGAAGGAGAAAGGAGGAGUUUCAGCAGAGGUUAAAGGAGCAUUACCGGCUGGAUUGCACCUUAAAGCAGCAGUCGCAGGGGUUCGGUAGACCCACUCACCACAGAACUUGGUACAGGAACGACCAGUAUAACCCUAACGCAGGCGAGGCACAACCCUGGCAGCACGGCAAACAGGGAAGGAGCGCCACGUGGCACGCUCAGGAGCCUCCCAACCUGCAGAAAUGGGCGUCUGCAGAGUUCGCUGGUGGAAACUUUCAUUGCCAAGACGGUUUCGGCAACAGACAUUGGGAUCAGGGCGCAUUUUACGGCAAUCAGCGGAGUCGACUGCCUUGGCUCAGCAACGGAGGCAGCAGUAACGGGGUCUACGGUCGAAAUAAUAUCGCACAGAACCCACAAAGGGGCCGUCCCCUAAACCAUAUGGGGUCUUUGUAUCCUCCUCCACCCAGUUUUUUCACACAGGCUCUUAACCAGUUUCAGAGUGAUCAGGGGGGUCAGCAUGGCAACAGGCUCCAUAAUGGGGACGGACAAACAGGAGAACCAGACCACAGCAGUAAGACCUCAAAGCCCUUUGGUAGCAAUCCAAAGCUGGACAAAGCCUGCCGCUGGUCUCCCUAUCCGGUCGCAAAGGGUUUAGAAUCUGUCCCCCAUAAAGAAACCAACACAAACUCAACGGACAAGUACCCCAAAGUGCCCCAGAAGCAAGACAAGGCGAAGGAGACCAGCGCUCCUAACAGGCAGUCUCGCCCUGAACAGAAACAGCUGACGUCAAGUGGACAAAGCGCGGAUGAGAAAGGAAGUCAUCAAACAAACCCUCAAACCAGACCCAGAGAUGGGAGCAGCAGCAGCAGCGGGAGAAGCAGCAGUGCUCAGAGAGAAACUCACCAAAACGCCACGUCUGGACCUUCCAGUCAGAAGACAAAUAUGCUACAGAAAGACCGGAAGACAGUUUCAGGUGUCAGCAGUGGAUCUCAGCUCAGCAGGGCCUCCGGUCAAUCCAAAUCAACCCCAAAGCUGACUGGACUCAGUUCCCUGAUUUCAGCAAACGGGCCUCUUCAGUCGAGGCAAGAACGGCAGCUCCAAGAAGUGUUCAGGAAAGCCAGGCAGGCUGUGCUAGAGAAGAGGGGCUCUUUGGACAGUUUAAGAAAAAGCAGGAUGGAGCCGACGCUGCACAUCGCGGAGGAGCAGCGGAGUCAGAUCGGAGUCAACAAAGAGAACAGGCAGAGUGCAGCAAAACCAAAUCUACCUGAUCUAGUUAGGACAGAAAAGCAAUCUUCAGACAGCAGCCAGUUUCUCCAAUCGCUGCAGGUGAGCACCUCGACCGUGGAGAGCUCAGAGCCUGCAGCGGCGCGCCGGGAGAGAGCGGAGAAGGAAGCGUGCCCCGUGGCGCCGGAUGAAGCCGCACAGGCUGUGGAAGCCGCGCAGAGCUCAGAGAGCGACACCUCCAGAAGUGGUGAAGCUCAGGCGGUCUCAAACACGUCGAGUCUGUCCAAACUUGACCUGCCUCCCGUCCUGAAACGCGACCUGACCAAACACAUCAGCUCCAAGAGCAAAGCAGGCGGCCACGAGCCCAACCUCAACAUCGCCAGACGGGUGCGAAACCUGAGCGAGUCGCGGAGGAGUGACACCGAGAAGGACUCGGGGCUCAAACCGACCGUGCGUCAGCUGAUCAGCUCCUCUGGGUCUCGACGCAAUGUGAACUGGGAGCAGGUGUAUCAGGAGGUCAGGAAGAAGCAGGACAAAGGGAAAGGCAUGCCCAGGUUUGGGAUAGAGAUGGUGCCGAUGGACCAGGAGGACCAGAGCCAGGAGGAGGAAGACAUUCCCCUGUUAGAGGGUUUCCAGUGGGAGUCGUUGACGGACGUCUCCACCUCCCGAAAACGCUCCUUAUCGGAGAGCAGCGUUGCUCCUGCACCCUCUCACUCCCUGUUCACAUCCCUCAUGUCAAAGGAGACGGCUCAGAGGGAAGCCCUCGGCUCGGAGCAGCAGAGAUCCUCCACAUCUCCUGACCCCAUGUUUGCUCAAGGGAACAAAGACAAUCAGCGUCAGCAGGAGGUGGAGCAGAUGCUCAGUCAGUUUGAGAUUAAAACAGAGAAGCAGCCAGAGAAGCUAACUUCAGAGACAGUGAAGGCCCUGCAGCGGUCUGAUUCUGUGCUGGGAGACAGCAGCUCGGGGACGGAGAUGUGCGAUGGCCAGGGGACAGGGAAAAGGCGAAGAGCAGCCGGCGACGUCCCCAGUGCAGAGACGUCUUGUUUGGAACACAACAGCAAAAGGAGGAAAGUCAAAUCCAAAAAAGAGCGUUUACAGAUCGACCAGCUGCUGGCGGUGUCUCUGCGGGAGGAGGAGCUGAGUCGCUCCCUGCAGACGGUGGACAGCAGUCUGAUCCAGGCGCGUGCUGCGCUGGAGGCUGCAUACUUAGAGGUGCAGCGUCUCAUGGUGGUUAAACAGCAGAUGACUGGAGAGAUGAGCACACUGAGAAACAAACGCAUCGAGUUACUAAAGGGGAUGCAAGGAAGUAUGGAUGAGGCACCUCUGCUCAAACUGAAGGAAGAAAAAAUGGAUUCAGUAGAAGCUGAGCCAUGCAUGCCCUCCUCAAAUCUGCUCUCCUCUGUCACCGACACCGCUCCUGCUCCUGCUCCUGCUCCUGCUCCUGCUCCUGCUCCUGCUCCUGCUCCUGCUGCUCCGAGUCCAAGUCCUCCUGCUGAGCGCGCCUCCCCUCCGUCCCCUCCCUCCUCCAGCCUUCCCUUCGUGCCUUUAGUAAUCAAGCAGGAGCCUCAGUCUCCUGUCUAUGUGAGCUCAGAGAUGGACCCUGCGGACAGUAUAACUCACUGUGCUCACAGCACCACUCCAGAGCUGCCGGACGCUCCUGCUGCGUCUCCACCAGAUCCUGCCCUUAAUUUCCAGCCAUCUCCUGACAGAAAGUCUGAGCUGUAUCAGACUAACUGGGAGAACUUUGAUGAGCCGGCAGACUCCAAAGACGGCCUGUCAGGACUGGUUGAGACAACAGAAAAGGCCAUACAGGCAUCCAGGAACUGUCUCGCCUCUUCACUCGACUGCAAAUCCUCCAUAAAGCUCCUGUCGCCCAGCAGGAGAGGCUCAGAGGUGGGGAGCGUCGGUGACUGUGCGGCCACGCAGUCCUUCGAGCCGCCGUCUGUCCUUAACCUGCCUGCUUCUCCGUCUGAACGCGCGAAGCGUGUGAGGAAGCUGAAGAAGAGGAAGGUGUUGAAGAAGGCCCAGGGGACAGAGCAGCCUGAGAGCAGCGACACAGAGAUAGACGGAGAGGCCAUGAGGCCGAGGUGGCUCCGACCGCGCAGGAGACCCAGCGGGAGCUCUCAGGUCAGCACCUCUACGCCGCCGUCAGAGGACAGAGAGGGCGACGUGAACAUGGAGGGUGUUGAGGAGGCUUCCAGGCAGCUGUUUCCAAAUGUCAAACUGGAAAAAGAAGACCCCAAGUCCCCCAGACACAUGGUGGAGCUCCCCCAGGUGCCCCACGCGGAGCUCACAGUGAACCUGGACUCAGAGGAGAGCAUGGAGAUCACCGCAGCCUGUCAGCAGCCGCACACCGACUCCCUGGCUGCGGCUUCACCUCCACCUCAGCUCCCAGACUCCUCCAGACCUGAACCACAGAGCCUGGCCUGCAACGAGGUCACCUCCACCAGUGACAUGGAGUUAUGUCGAUCAUCAGAAAGUGACAUGCCGUUUUCCAUGACGUCGCCCAUGACGAUGAAGACCUCGUCAGAUGCGUCCUCUGACCACGGUGAGGACGACUUGCCCACUGACGGCGUGUUUGAGGGCCACCAGGAGGCGGUGAACGCCAUGCAGAUCUACAACGGGCUGCUGUACACGUGCUCAGGAGACCGCACCGUCAGAGCCUUCGACCUGGUGAGUCACAAGUGUGUGGGCGUGUUUGAGGGUCACAGCUCCAAAGUGAGCUGCCUGCUGGUGUCCUCAGCGCCCAGUCUGCAUCAUCGCCUCUAUUCUGGUUCCAGUGACCAGACCAUCUGCUGCUACAGCCUCAAGACACGUGAACUGGAGCAGCAGUUCUCUCUGUCAGACCGAGUCCUCUGCCUCCACAGUCGGUGGAAAAUGUUAUACGCUGGCCUUGCAAACGGCACCGUGGUGACCUUUAACCUCAAGACAAACAAGCAGAUGGAUGUGUUUGAGUGCCACGGGCCGCGAGCCGUGAGCUGUCUGGCCUCGUCGCAGGAGGGGGCCCGCAGGAUCCUGCUGGUCGGCUCCUACGACAGCACCAUCAGUGUGAGGGACGCCAAGAGCGGCCUGCUGCUGCGCACGCUGGAGGGACACACCAAGACCGUCCUCUGCUUGAAGGUGGUCAACGACCUGGUGUUCAGCGGCUCCAGUGAUCAGUGUGUCUGCGCGCACAACAUCCACAGCGGAGAGCUGAUGCGGGUCUAUAAAGGUCACAGUCACGCUGUAACUGUCGUGUCCGUCCUGGGGAAGGUGAUGGUGACCGCCUGUUUGGACAAACUGGUCCGCGUCUACGAUCUACAGUCUCACGAGCAGCUGCAGGUCUACGGGGGACACAAGGACAUGGUGAUGUGCAUGGCUGUCCACAAGAACAUGAUCUACACCGGUUGUUAUGACGGCAGCGUGCAGGCCGUCAAACUGAACCUGAUGCAGAACUUCCGCUGCUGGUGGCACGGCUGCUCGCUGGUUUUCGGGAUGAUGGAUCACCUGCAGCAGCACCUGAUCAACGACCACGCCAGCGUCAACUCCCAGACGCUGAAAUGCCGCUGGAAGAACUGUGAAGAGUUUUUCUGUGCACGCAACAGGUCCAAGCAGGGGAUGCUGGUGCACAUGCAGAAACACGCUGCAGAGGAGGCUGAACUGGAGCCUUAAGGGGCUGCUGGCCCCUCCCUCUCCUGCCCCGCCCCCCCCCCCCCCCCGCUGUUAACCUCCCAUAUUGGGGGGGACGAUCUUUGGGACCCACUUAUCCUCGCAGCGCUCCUGUUCGAGCCCGACGAGUGGCGUCCGCCGGUUCCAUCCUUUAUGUUCGGUGUUGGAAUCCAACCAGAAUACAAUCAUGACAGGAGGGCCGUGCUGUUGUUUUUUUUUUACGUUAACAGAAACACGCCUUCCUCUCUUCGCCUCUUUCUCUGUCCGACCACUUCCUCUUUUCGCUGACCAAAGUAAGACAAAGACGUUGUUUGUUGAAGAAGCUUCAGCGCUGCCGGGAUCAAAAGGGGUUUGUUCCGCUUUUCUGUCGCAGAAACCGUCUUCCGGGAUCGGUUCGCUCCAGUAUGGCAUGGGCUCAGAGAUGUUGUUGUUGUUGUUGUGCAGUUGUGACGUGUCAUUUUGAGCAACUUGUUUCUUUUCUUUUAUUAAUUAGUCGUUCAAAUUUUUCGUUAUUUUUUUUGACAUAUAGGAGAGAUUUAAAGUCUCCCGGGCCGGUGUGAUUAUCUGUUUUGACAGCAUUGAAGUGAAACAAAUUUAUUUAUUUUCAGUUUGAGUUUUUUUUGUUUUUUCGGAAAACAAUUUCUUUUUUUUUUUGGUUUUGUAGCAGUUUAGGAUUUUUUUUAAUUUUUAAAUUUAAUUUUUUUGUCGUAGUUGCUCAGUGAUAUUAAGGUGUUGAGGGACUUUGGUGCAGUGUUGUGUGACUCGGCCUGAAGUUGCCAUUUAAGAAGUUAAAUUUG